UUGUUCUGAUAAAGAGAGGGAUGAGAUUAUAUUCACUGAGAAUCUGAGAUUGUAAAUGUCUUAAAACAAUGGGGUGCAUUAUGUAAUUUUUCAAUAACAAAAUUGAAGUGUCAAAUCUUCCCCUUGAAAGCACUGCUGCAACAAGCCAACAACAGAAAAAGGGGCUUCGCUUUCAGAAGCCAUGGCUAACAGUAACGCACUAGAAACAACAACAGUAGAGGAGUCUCGGUCGUUCUUCGGCCUCCCUUGGCCCGAUCUCAACGACGGCUUGUACUACAGCGAUGCCGUUUCUUCCUCCGAUUCUGAAUUGACACUUAUCGAAUUCUACUCUGGCAAGUAUAAGAAUUCAGCUCCAUUACAGGGUUGGUUGCAGCGAAUCCACAAUGGACAGUUUUUGCAGAUAACAAUUGAUGGUGUGGUUGUUAAAGAACACAACACAGUACUCAGGGUUGGUUCAGAACUUGUCUACUACAGGCUUCCUUGGAAUGAGCCUAAUGCCCCUUACAUGCUACAAGUUUUAUAUGAAGAUGAUGAUCUGAUUGCUUUAAACAAGCCUUCUGGUCUGCAAGUUUUGCCUGGAGGGCUUUUCCAACAGCGGACUGUUUUAACACAACUUCAGUGGUGGGCAAAGAAUCAAACAUCUUCCCUACUGAGCCAAGAAUUGCAUCCUGUUCCUGUUCAUCGCCUAGGAAGGGGAACAUCAGGAAUAUUACUUUGUGCAAAGUCAAAGUUUGCCAAGACUCACCUAGCAGCAUAUUUUGCUGAUGGCACAUCUCGUGUUGGAGAUAUUGGUGAUACCACCACAAAGCUUGUCAAGGGCAGGAAAAUUUCGAAGAUAUAUCGAGCACUAGUAGAUGGGAUACUCAAAGAAGAUAAGGUUAUCAUCAAUCAACCAAUUGGAACAGUGCGAUACCCUGGUGUGGCCAAGGGGCUGUAUGUUGCUUUGCCUUCAGGUAAACCAGCAUUGAGCAAAGUUGAAACACUUGAGAGGGAUGUGCAGGGAAACCGUACAUUGGUCCAGGUUGAGAUUGAGUCAGGACGGCCACACCAAAUACGUAUUCAUCUUUCUUUCAUAGGGCAUCCUUUGUUAGGUGAUCCUCUUUAUGUUGUUGGUGGGCAACCAAAGUGUGCUGAAUCUGAAUCUGUGGAUGAAAGCUUUGCUCAAGACGGGGGGUAUCAGAGACCUACAAAACCUGUUCCUGGAGAUUGUGGAUAUCACUUGCAUGCCCAUCAAUUGUUCCUCUUGCACCCAACUACAAAUGAGGUUAUAAAAAUCACAGCAGCGCUCCCGCCUAUCCUACAAACGAGGACAGAGACCGAAAUUCUAAUGGAAGUAAACGGUGCUGAACAACAAAAUUGACAAUUGUUUUGUCAUUAUGAGUGAAUCAACAGGAUGAUUUCUUGAUAAAGACAACCACCCUCAAAAAUAUCCCAAGCAAGCAAUCCGUUUUCGACUCCUUCGAUAAAAGACAAGUCGAAUUUUUUUCAAUUGACCAUUGUAGAGCAGCCACGACAGCAGUUGAAAACCAUACUCUAAAAAACAAAAUAUAUUCCGUCUUUGCUCAUCCAAUCAUAAGAUAAGGACUGUCA